GCAAACGUCGUCAGUCUGUGGAGGAGCGUGAGAGAAACCACACCCACCCAACCUCCUCUCCUCACCUUCAGUUCUACCUCAGCACCCGGAGGCAGACGACCCACCGAGAGAGAGACUCCAUCACACAGUUGUCAUAUAAGAAGAAAGAUGAACUACUCCCAGGACGCCGCCAUAAAAUAGUGUCAUAUCAUCAUUCCACACCACGACAGCAUAACAAAACAUGUAUCAGAGGCUCACCAUGAGAGGCCUGCCGGUCAUAAAGGAGAGCCAGUGAAGCACUCCACCAACUGGCGCCAACACCACCAGCCACUGUACAGCAACUAACACGACCAUCUAACUGGACGUGUACAAGAAGUGAACUCAAUAAGUGUAUAAAUAUAAACACAACACAAUAACCAGUAGUAAAUAAAAUCUAAAAUAAACAACAAAAAUCUAAGAAAGUCCCCCAGUAAAAAACAAACACAGGUGAGAGAAAUAAUGAUAAGCACUCCCCUUAUCAUCCACAUAGACACCCCCCCCCGCACUAAGACUGAACUGACGAGGGUGUUGACGAUGGUGCAGCUCAGGGGGUCAGACUGUGUGAUGUGGAUGAGGCGGAGAACCACAAACAGGAAUGUCCCCUUAGGUGGCAGGACAAUCUUCCAGAAGGUGGCUCAGAGACGCACCUGCCAAGCCUGUCUCCUCGUUCUUGUGGUCUCUCUCUUCCUCUACUGCUGCACCACUCUUUUUAGUACACAAUCAGACACAGAAGACCACAAGGGACACCAUUCCAUCAACAGAACGGUGAUACGCGAAAGUAAACAGUCUCUUAAUGUGAAGCUCGUACAGGGCAAGAAGACCGAGAGCCUGCUGGAAAAGAUGGAAUACCAGUUAAUAAAAGCCUUCAUGGGUAGAGUAAUAGCUUCACACAACAGGAGGCUGAAGUCUUCUGCGAAACUUAAUAACCUAAUCGACGGUGUUAAGGCAUCAAAUGAGACCCUUAAAACAACAGAUAUAACCAGGAGAACGAAAGGUGAUAUACAGAGAAGAGGAGAUAAGAAAGAUGCUAAAAGAGUGAAGAUGAGAAGUGGUGAUAAGGUAAACACAUCAGAGAAUGAGACACAGAGGUUGACGAGUAAUGGCCGACCCCCCUCCCUGACCCACCACCCACGCCCCGUCACCCACCACCCACGCCCCGUCACCCACCACAACACCUCUUCGUCACCCAUGAAGAUUCUCGUCUACACAAAUUUCUUCGGGCAGAAAAAAAGCUGGAGUGAUAUCCUCGGCAGCCGUACUGAGCUACACGGCUGCCCCACUGCUAACUGUAUUCACCAGCGACACCUCAGAGGUCUCCGAGGCUGACGCCCUUAUCUUCCACGCCUUCGACUUCCACCCAAACAAGGUACCACGAGUUCGACAACCCCACCAGCGGUAUAUCUGGCUGACACACGAGUCUCCCGGUCUCUUCAACAAGGCUGGCCUAGCGGACAACAUGAGGUCUACGGGUGCCGGGUUCUUCAACUGGACCAUCACCUACCACAGGAGGUCAGAUGUCCUCCUACUCUAUGGUGGCCUCAGGUCCAUAA